GUAACCGAAAAGCCUUGCUUAUAGUUCUCACAAUAGAUUCAAUUCUUUUGAUUGAUUCACCUAUAUAUUCUGAAAUGAUUGUGCUCAAUUGUAUGAAUAGGACAAUGGGAACGGAGCCACGUCAAGAGACCGUAAAGGAUCACUGUGAUGAACCCUGGACAAAGGAUCAGAUGAGGCCCUACUGAAACCCAGACGCUAUGCUGGAUUAAUUGAAAUCUUCGAACAGACAUGGUGUUGAACACCGAAUGGGCGCAAGUAGAAGUUAUAGAUCUUAUAAACGAUGGUACGGGCUUAGCAUUCGGAAUCAUAGGAGGCCGUAGCACAGGCGUUGUUGUUAAAACUAUAUUACCAGGAGGUGUGGCUGACAGGGAUGGUCGACUCCAGAGUGGAGACCACAUUCUUCAAAUAGGCGAAGUUAAUCUUAGGGGAUUGGGUUCUGAGCAAGUUGCUUCUGUUCUGAGACAGUGUGGAGUCCACGUUCGAAUGGUGGUUGCCAGGCCAAUUGAAUCUGCCAACGCGGAUUUUCAGACCUUAGGAAGUCUGGCACCGAUAGUCCCAACGAAGAUCCUUGGUGACCCCGUUGAGCUAGAUAAACACCUCAUAGAAAAUGGAUACAGCGAAGCAUUCGCAUAUCAUCCUUCUCCGUCCACUUUCAAUACCGACCCUUAUUUCUACACAGAACAUCAUCCCGAUUCCAUUCAAGUUCACGGUAUGAUCGACCCGUUUUCGGUGCCAUACAUCACCAGGGCUGACGUCCAAAAUAACCUUCCGAAAAUGCUUUCCCUCGAUGUAUCUCUACACGAAACCGAGCUUCCUGAAACUGAGACGUACACCGUCAAACUGAAAAAAGAUGACUUGGGUCUCGGAAUCACCGUCGCAGGUUACGUUUGCGAGAAAGAAGAAAUUUCUGGAAUAUUCGUCAAGAGUAUUAGUAAAGGAAGUGCUGCAGAUCUAAACAAGAACAUAAAAAUCAAUGAUAGGAUCGUCGAGAUUGCUCAAAUGCAGAAAGGAACGACUAAUGGUUUGGGAAUCAGCUUAGAAGGAACAGUAGAUGUGGAAGCUGGAAAGGAAGUGAGACCACAUCAUUACAUUCGAAAUAUCCUACCAGACGGUCCUGUUGGUAGGAAUGGAGUUCUUCAAUCUGGUGAUGAAUUAUUAGAGGUGAACGGCAUCCAACUUCUGGGAUUGAAUCAUCUCGAGGUGGUGUCAAUAUUGAAGCAACUGCCGAAUGUCGUCAACAUUGUUUGCGCCCGGUAUCCCGUUCCUAUUAGAAUAAUUGAUACGUCUCAACAUCGAGAAGCCUUCCAAACGAGGAAAAUUUUUGCGGGUAGCCUGCAAACUUUGGUAUCGAUCAACGAAAGCAAUCACCUAGUGAAGGCAAAAUCAGAAACGUCCAUUGCUUCUAGCAUGGCCAGUGAAGCUAUCAGCAGAUCGAGGUCCUUGGAGAUGAUUGCAGGGUUGCCAAUGUGGAGUGACGAACCCACGAUUGUAGAGUUGGUGAAAAACGAUCAUGGGCUGGGGUUCUCAAUUUUGGAUUACCAGGACCCGCUGAACACGAAGGAAACUGUUAUUGUGAUUCGAUCGUUAGUACCUGGAGGUGCGGCCCAGAAUGACGGAAGGUUGAUUCCAGGUGACAGAUUGCUCGCUGUAAACGAUAUCGACGUGGAACAUGCCACCCUCGACAGGGCCGUACAAGUUUUGAAGACAGCCCCGAAAGGAAUAGUCAAAAUCACCGUCGCCAAACCACUGAAUACUAACGAUGGAAUGUCGCAUGCCAGUCAG